CGGUUAUUCCCGAAUCAGAAAUAGAAAAGGAAAAUGGCGACCCUGGACGAUAGUCCGUCGCUAUUUUCGGGUCAACAAUGGACAGAUUGGGCUGAAUCUGUUUUGCAAGACAAUGAAUUUGAGUCUGCAAAGUGUGAUACUGCUGAAGAUUGCACAGACACAGAUAGCAUGAAGUUAAAAAUUGAAGAUAUGCCACUGUUUGGACUCUGCCCUUCUAGAGAUGAAUUUUAUUUGGUUGUGUGUGACAAAUGCCAUCAGGUUCUGAAACCACAAGCUUUCCAAGCACAUAUUGAGGCCCGUCAUGGCGGUAAAGGUAGCUAUUCCACAACAUCUUCAAAGACUCAUCAAUCCUCAAGUCGACAUUCAGUCUCAUCAAAAUCUCAUUCAAAAUCUCAUUCAACCUCAAAAUCUCACCGGUCGUCCCAUUCCAAAUCACACAGUUCACCCAGCAAAAGUUCACAUCGCUCUCACACGCAUUCGCGAUUAAAACCUCAUGAUGUAGAUAUAGCGAACUCAGGGCCAGAAAUUCUCCCAGAUGUGGCCAAUGCUAAGUCUAGACUUGAAGACAGUAAGUUUGUUACACCAACAAAAGCCAGUGUCAAAGAGCCCUCACUGUCAUUAGAAACUGUUGUGAAGGUGGGGGCUGAUGUAGACACUGAUUUAGUAAAUGACAGUAAACUUAAAAAUACUAAUAAUAUGCCUGUUGUGAAAGUUGAACGUAUUCCUGAAACGGUGGCUAUGAAGAAACAACUGGACUCAUCAGGUAGUGCGAGAACUUCUCCAUUGACAAAUGGAGCAAUACGCGGUUCAAAAUCUCCACCCUUGUCGAUGCCUGUAAUAACAGAUACUGAUGAAGAUAUAAAGCCGUCCCUUACAUCUAUGCCAGUGUUAAAUGCAUCUCAAGACUCAGACAAUUUAUUUCUCGAAGAAAUGGAAACUGUUCCGGUGUCUGAAAUUAACAGUGCUGUCAGUUCUAUUUUAGAGCCUGUGUCACCUGCUUCAGAACCGGACACAGACAGAUUUAUUGCCUUGGCAACAUCGUCGAGCACAAUAACGACAAAUACUGUCACAAUGGCGUCAAUUACAACUUCAACGACAACCGUUACUAAUGUGAUAAAUACAAACUCUAGUUUUACUUUUGGAAGUAUGGGACGUCCAUCAUUUCCGAUGGGAAGUAUUCGUGUAAAUUUCUCUAGUAGUGGUGUUCUUAGUACUAUAACCGGUGAUGGGAAUAAUAAUAGUAACGUGACUAAAUCAAUAACGACAACAAGUGAUUCUACACGAACUACUAUUUGUAGCAAUGGAAGUAUGGAAAGCACUAUAAGUGAUAUUGUGAAGUCGGCUGUUAAUUCAGGGAAUACCGGUGGAUUUAAAAGUCUUACUCCAUUAAUAGCUAGUCCAAACAAGUCGAAUGGACUUGGUAGUAUUAAUAGCUCUUUCAAGUCUCCUCAGAAGCUGGGCAGUGUGGGGAAAUCAUUCAGCAGCUCAAAUAUCUCAAAGACUGGAUCCAAACUUAGUCCAGGCCCCACGAACGUGUUCAAGUCUGCAAGUCUAGGGAAUGUUACCAGCGGGUCGGAGUCUGGUUCAAGUUCUAACAGCUCGACAGCAGCAAAUGCUGAAGCAAUUAGAAAGUUCCAGCUACUCAACAAACCAGAAAAAAUUAUACCGCUAAAAGAUCGAGAGUAUGAUCCCAACAAGCAUUGUGGAGUGGUUGUAGCAGAUACUGGUAAACCUUGUACAAGGUCACUAACUUGUAAGUCCCAUGCGUUAUCAUUGCGUAGAGCAGUCAAUGGAAGACGUCUCUCAUUUGAUGAUUUACUGAAGGAGCACAGGGAGGCGAAGGAAGCAUAUCAGAAAGCUAAAGUGGAGAGUAAAGAAGCAACUGCAAAAUUGAAAGCGGCUCAGGCAGCCAACAAGGGGCAUGGAACUCAUAUACUCACACCUCAUGGCAAGCUUCAUAACCUUAGUACAGUUCCUUCCCCUGUUAUCAAGACAGUGGGUCAACAGGGCCAGAGUUUGAACAAAGAGAAUAAGUCACUGUCUAACCCAGUAUUUCCCUUGUCAAAGCCACCGACACUAUCGAGGGCAGCUUCUGUAUCAUCUCACAGGCUCAGUUUGAGCAGUAUUGGUUCCCCGUCUUCAAAUGAUGAACUCCAGUCACCUACUGGAAAAUCAGGGGACAAACUUCCUGGUGAAGAAACUGAUGACAACUCAUUUACCUCAUACCAUCCCAGGCCUAUAGCGGCUUGCUCAUUUGGUGCUAGAUACCAUAACAAUUACGGCAGCGGGUUUGGUUGUUAUACAUUUGGUCGCAGGACGGACCAUUUACGGGCAGCAUUCCUAGAUCUGCUGGAAAAACAUUCAAAUCCUCCCCCACCAAAGAAAUUAUGUGUUGAAGCAAACUUGCCCAGAGAACAAGAUAAUGUUCAGACGAACUCCGAUCCUUAUGAAUUUGGUUUCCUGGACCCAAGUCGAAAUCAUAUCGGCCAGCAGAUAAUUCAGGGACCAGCUGGACUUAUUACAUCUGCUGUUCCCAAUAAAGUGGUACCAAAGCAGAAACCAAAAGCUGCAAGUUUGAACACAAGUCUUGGAGCGAUCUGUGGCAGUAAACCAAAAUUAAAAGACAGCUUUUUGUUGUCCAAAGCUCCAAGUAUAAGUGGGACUUUGACGCCGGGACUUCUGACAAGUUCCUCAUCAAAGAAACGUAGAAGUAGCGGAAGUGCUGGUUCACAUAGUGCUAUCAAUCAGUCAAGUUUAGGGGCCACCCUAGUCACUGCCCCUAGCAUACUGGCUAGUGUAGGGGCCUUAAAUAACUCCACAGGAGGCGCGCAGCAACAGCAGUUUGCUAUCGCCAUACCUAGUGUCAAUAUAAGUGGUGCUGCGUUAAGUCAAAUAGGCGCAAGUUUAAUGGCCAGUGGAAACUUAAAACACGCUAGUAAAAACAAUGUGAUAAAAGAUACUAUGGGAUUUGUUGUAACAGGUAUUCCACAGGAGGCUUUACUCAAUGGACAGAUUGUGAAUAUCACAAACUCGCAAAUAACUAAUGAUUUAACUACAAACCAAAUACAGACCGUUUCUCAGGAAGAAGGUAAUAAGCCAAUACAGCAAAUAAAUGUGAUAACCAGUAAACAUGUACAGCCCAAGUUUAUAAAUAGCAGUAUGGACGCUAUACGGGCCCUACAGACAGGAAAAGGCAAUCUGAUAACGGGUCUGCCGCCAAACGCAGUACUCCUGGACAGUAAUUUGCAGCCAGGUGCGGUGCUGCAGCCUGUGACGCUGACAACUUCUUCUGGUAAUCCAGUGAUGUCAGUAAACAGUGCUGUGCUGAAUCAGCAGCAUCAGAAUCACAGUGCUGCACCUAGUCAGUUCAUACGAUCUAGCUCAGAUGGCCACCAAGUGUCCACGUCUCCCCUACCUAAUGGUGUAGUUACCAAUGCUACUGACAAAGAUAUAUUGAUGUCCCAACGCCACACUGUGUUCCAGCCUAAAGGUGUAUCCCAGUCUGCCUUACCUCAACAGACUAGGGGAACCGUCCAACAGGCAUCUCAUAUAUUCACUGGAGCCCAGCUCCAUAACCAAAACUUCACGUUCCAGACACCUAGCUCAUCAACGCUGACCAAUCAGAUAAGUGCUAAUGCUAGUCAGGUUUUGCCAAACCAGUUGACUCAGUUGCAGGUUAAAAGUAGCAGUCUUCAGAAGGCAGGCACCAUCAAUAAACUAAAUAUGCAGCCUGUAUCUAUUACAAUACCAUUUGUUACUCAAAAUAACCUUGGUGGCGUGGAAAUGGGGGUCGGAAGUCAACAGCAUGGACAUACAUUAUUCAUUACAAGUGAAGAUGCACAAAAGCAGGGAAUUCACCUACAGCAGACGGACCAACCUACUCAAAACUCACCCAGUUCUCUCAUUUCAUAGCACAGGAUGUGCACAAGUUAUGAUGAUGUUAUCAGAACAUGAUGUCAUGAUCAUAUGACAUCAUCCUUCCUUGUGCUGUAAAAUUUAUUGGUUAAUUGUUGAUAUUCAAAAGCUUGCAGUGAUUUCACUACCAAGAUGAGGCAGUUGGGUCAAGGGUCAAAUUUGAACAAGUAAAAUUUUGUAUUGGUAUUCAUAGUAUAACUUUUCUUGUAGGAGUUGAACUUAUUUUGAGAUAGUGACAGAGAACUUAUAUAAUUUUAAUCUUUUUGCAACUUUAAAUUUUCCAACAGUGCAUAAUAAAGGUCACCUGACUAUUUAAAGCACCUGUGUUAGCAGUAGAAGCUACCUCAAAAAUUACCUUAGUGUUGCACAAAUACUUCCAAUACAUACUUUGAAAUAAGUCAAAAAAUCAUAUUACCAUUUAUAGAAAAUACUACCAUAAAACUAAAAGUAACUCAUUAUAAUAAAUUGAAAAUACAAUUUGAUUCUUUCUACCACAUUUGUUUAACAUCAACAAGUUAAAAGUUUUAAGCAUGUAAAAUGCUAUCUCCAAGCAUCAGUGCCAGUGAAAGAGGAGAUUUUCCCAUAAAUAUUUGUAUGUGAUAAAAGUGUUUCCUUGAAGUUAGGAAAAUUAAACAUCAGAUGAUCCGAAUCAAACUGACUAUUGCUGUAAUAUAGCAGUUAUUAUACUUGUCUUGAAACUAUUCCAAAAGUAUUUUUAGCUCACCUGUCACAUAGUGACAAGGUGAGCUUUUGUGAUCACCCUUCGUCCGUCGUCAGUCCGUGCGUGCGUCCGUCAACAAUUUCUUGUCUGCACGAUAGUGGUUUCAUUUAUGAUUUUAUUUUAAGCAAACUUGCACUAAACUUGUAUCACCAUAAGAUCUCGGUUCCUUUCUUGAACUGGCCAGAUCCCAUAAUGGGUUCCAGAGUUAUGGCCCCUGAAAGGGCCAAAAUUAGCUAUUUUGACUUUGUCUGCACAAUAGCAGCUUUAUUUAUGAUUUGAUUUUUACCAAACGUGUACACAACUUGUAUCAACAUAAGAUCUUGGUUCCUUUAUGGAACUGUCAAGAUUCCAUUAUGGGUUCCAGAGUUAUGGCCCCUGAAGGGGUCUAAAAUAGCUAUUUUGACCUUGUCUGCACAAUAGCAGCUUCAUUUAUGAUUUGAUUUUAACCAAACUUGCACACAACAUGUUCACCAUAAGAUCUCUAUUCUUUUUUAUACGCCUGCCGGGACAUAUUAUGUUAUCGCCUAGGUGACCGUCUGUCUGUCUGUGUGUUGGUUAGCAAUUUCCCUUCCGCUCUGUAACUCUUGAACCCCUUGAUGGAUUUCAGAGAAACCUGACACAAAUGUUCACUCAUUGAAAGGAUGUGCAUAGGGCAUGUUUCGGAUGGCUAAGUUCAAUGUCAAGGUCACACUUAGGGGUCAAAGGUCAUAUGACUUUGUUUUAUGUGAAUAUUGCUCUGCAUUUGCAUUGCAUUGCAGUGCUCUUGUUUUUAUUUGGCAGAUCCUUCUUUUGUUUGCUUACAAUAUUUUUUUUAUUACAGUGAAACACCGCUCGCUCGAGGUCGCAAGGGGAUGAGCAAAAUGCUCGAGUUAUCCAUGGUUUCGAGCGACCCAAACAUUGACCAACAUACAAAGAACAGAUUGUUUUACCAAUUGUCAUCGAGACCAUUUGCAGAGGAAACGGUGAUGCGUAAUAAUAACACACUCGUUACUUUUUCAAAAAACGUAUUUACAAACGUUAAUAUUUAUGAUAGAUCGCAAAUGGCACAUGUGAAGAAACAACUAAGACAUUUUUUUUUUGAAAUACUGUAAUCGAAUUCGCAAUUUUCUUCACCAAAUUAAGAUCUCGUAAUUAUCGUCUCAAUUUUAUGAAAAGGCUAGAGUUCUAUCUUAUUUCCUUUAUUUGCAUGCAAACAACUGUUGAUUAAAAUAUUAAGAUCUCAUAAUCAUCUUGUCGAUCCCGCAGAAAAAAAAAUUAAUAAUUAAUAACAAUUUUGAUCAAUAAAAUUUUUCUUCCACCUUUCAUCAAUAAUAAAUCUCACUUUCAGAUCAAAUAUACCGACAAACAAACAUUUAAGAUAGUCGGGGAAUAGACCAUGCACUUCUUACGACGUGCGAAAUUUUUUAAUUAACCGGUACAUUCUGACCGCCGAAGGUGUGAAAAAUUUUGACACCUCUGCUCGAGUUUGCCAUAAGCAACAAAGAGUAAAUUAAUACACAGGGACCAGGUGUCAUGCUCGAGCGAUCGAGUUAUCGAUGCUCGACCCAGCCAUGGUAAUUUCACAUAGAAAAUAGAAGGAAAUCGGCCGGGACCACAUGAAUUGCUCGAGCGAGCCCGGGUGCUCGAGUCAACGAUGCUCGAGCGAGCGGUGUUUCACUGUAGUUCCCUUUUAUGUUACUAUAAAUAGCUUAUUUAGUAACUUUUUUAUUAUUGGCCGUAGGGAAAAACUGAGACCACUUUUCUGUGGUACAACAUGGAUGGUACCUCCAAUUUUUAGGUGUAUUUUGACAUAUCUGUACCUUGUAAGAUUUUUUUCUUCUUGUUUUUGGUUAAAGCAAUGGUACUCAGGUGAGCGAUAUAGGGCCAUCAUGGCCCUCUUGUUUUCUAAACCUCUUUAUGUACUGUGCUGCAAAUUUCCACUCUAUUCAGUUAAGAUAUUGAAUUUCUAGACUCUGCAUAAAAUUGCUUUCAACAUACAGGACAGAAUUAGCUGUCCCACAUCUCUUACAUGGGGAACCCGACAAUGACUUGAAUGUAUGAAUUCUAGAAGCAACUAUAGGAGUUAUUGAUUUACCUUUGUUUCAUAACUGAAGCACUGUUAAAAACAUGUUUUUUUUGUAGGUUACCUUAUUUGGGUAAAAUAUCUUAAGUUUGACCUUUGACAUGGCAGCCAUCUUGGUUGUAGUUUGAUUUGUGAUUGUUGACCUUUUAUAUGCACAUAAUAUUGUUACAGCAUGUCCAUGCCGAUAUUGUAUACUGUAUAUGAUAUGCUAAGAAUUUUCUACUAUUUAUUAAACCCUUUUGUUAUGAAAUAACUAUUUAAUACAGAUCUGUUAAGUGUGACAUAAGACGUUUCUUUACAGAAUCAUACCUGUCUCUAAAAGAACAUAACUAUAAUUACUGUAUUUAUCUAUUUGUUAACAGUACAUUUUUUGAAGCAUUGGGGUCAGGGGGAUAUAAGUCUCUUAUUUACUGUUCAACCUAAUUUUUUCUUACCAAACUGCCGGCAGAGAAAGUCAAGGCUUAAUGUUGAGUUGGCCGCCUUGCAUAUAAGUUGCCCGUAAAUAUGUAUUUUAUACAUAAUUAAAAAUCUAUCUGAUUUGCAAAAAAGUCAACGCAUUGGUCUUAAGAUAUGCUUGCCAUUCAGCAUAGUGCAGCAUGAAGUGUCCAGUAUUUGUGAGAGAAAUUAUUCUUUCCCUGAAAUUUGAGCUUUCCUACAGUGUAACUUACAUAGCAGUUUGAUCGGCACUAUUGAUUUUUAACUUCAGUGAACUAAGUGACUAUAUCCUUAUUUCUGAGUGUGUCUCUAAUAUAGCACUGUUACACAGAAAUAUAUCAAGAUGUUUUCUUAAACUGUUUUUUUGCAACAUCGGCAUGAAUUAUCAGUUCAGUUUCUGUUACCUUUUAUCUUUGUUUUUUUAUGUAAGUUUUUUGAGUGUUUCUCUAAUAUAGCACUGUUACACAGAAAUAUAUCAAGAUGUUUACUUAAACCGUUUUUUUGCAACAUCGGCAUGAAUUAUCAGUUCAGUUUCUGUUACCUUUUAUCUUUGUUUUUUAUGUAAGUUUUUUGUCUGAUUUUGCAAAAUGCUCGAAGUUGUAGUUGAAAUAGCAUGGUAUGAUUUAUUUGAUAUCAGCAUGUCGUUUUUGAAACACAAUUCCAUAAAACAGUAUCUACUACCUCUCCACAAGCAGGACUGAUUUUGCUACAUUUAAAUUGUACAUGCGUAAGUUUCUAGGACUGAAAUGAAAGUAGUACGCUGUCAUACUAAGCAGUUCUGAAAAAAAACAACAACAUUAUUUACAAGUUCCAACUGUUGUGAUUAUUUGUUUAAGAAAAUAAUUUUUGAAAUCAUCAGUGGACAUAUUUACACUUCCAAUAUUUUGAAAUUGCCUUCUUAAAUUGCCACUUUUUGUAGGCCAGAAACAAUUCCUGAAAAUAGAAUUAGCAUGAUUUUUCAAAAGAAAUUGAUUUUCUUUUUCCUGCUUGUAAAAAACAACAUGUCACAGUUACAUUGUUUUAGCAAAUGUACCAAUACCAAGUCUUGUAACUUACCAUCCUGUAUUGUGUAAAAAAAAAAUUAGCAGUAUUAGAUAUUGAUUACCAGAAAUAUAAUAUUUCAAUUUUACUUCUAAAUUUUAUUUUUUUACACCUCCAGUAAAGUAUCAAGAUAAUUAGAUUUAGAUGGUCUGAUUUUCUUUUCCUUCAUUUGAGUAAACUGGUGGAAAUAAAUUAUAACUGUAACUGAAUAUCCUAAUAAUAUCUCAAUGCUAAAUGGUAUGUGAGGCUUUCACCAGUCUUGCCCUUCAAUAAUUGAGAAAUUUCUAAGAGGAGGAAAAAAAAACAGUGUUUUCAGUCGACAUAGAGCAUUUUUAGCUCGACUAUUCAUAGAAUAGUAGAGCUAUUGGACUCGCCCAUGCGUCGGCGUCCGCGUCCCGAUUUGGUUAAGGUUUUGUAUGUAAGCUGGUAUCUCAGUAACCAAUUGUGGGAAUGGAUUGAAACUUCACACACUUAUUCACUGUGAUAAUCUGACUUACAUUGCACAGGUUCCGUAACUCUAUUUUGCUUUUUUACAAAAUUAUGCCCCUUUUUCGACUUAGAAAUUUUUGGUUAAGGUUUUGUAUGUAAGCUGGUAUCUCAGUAACCACUUGUGGGGAUGGAUUGAAACUUCACACACUUAUUCACUGUGAUAAACUGACCUACAUUGCACAGGUUCCAUAACUCUAUUUUGCUUUUUUACAAAAUUAUGCCCCUUUUUUGACUUAGAAAUUUUUGGUUAAGGUUUUGUAUAUAAGUUGGUAUUUCAGUACUUACUUAUGGGAAUGGUUUGAAACUUCACAUACUUGUUCACUGUCAUGAUCUGACAUGCACUAAGCAAGUCCCAUAAUUCUACUCUUUUUUUUUUUCAAAAUUUUGCCCCUUUUUCGACUUAGAAAUUUUUGGUUAAGGUUUUGUAUGUAAGCUGGUAUCUCAGUACUUACUAAUGGGAAUGGUUUGAAACUUCACAUACUUGUUCACUGUCAUGAUCUGACAUGCACUAAGCAAGUCCCAUAACUCCACUCUUUUUAGCUCGACUAUUCGAAGAAUAGUCUAGCUAUUCUACUCACCCUGGCGUCGGCGUCGGCGUCACACCUUGGUUAAGUUUUUGCAUGCAAGUACAUACAGCCAACAAUUAAAGGCAUAUAGCUUUGAAACUUAUUUUUUCUUUUUCUAGGUCAAUUACCAACCUCUCUGGGUCAAGUCCCAUAACUCUGACAUGUAUUUUGAGCAAAUUAUGCCCCCUUUUGGACUUAGAAAAGUUUGGUUAAAGUUUUACAUGCAAGUUACUAUCUCCAAAACUAAUGCAGAUAUUGUUUUUAAACUUCAUAUGUGUCUUCGGGGUUAUAAAACUAGUUGAUAGCAGCAAGUCCCAUAACUCUGACUUUCAUUUUGGCCAAAUUAUGCCCCCUUUUGGACCUAGAAAAUUCUGGUUAAAGUUUUGCGUGCUAGUACAUACAGCUAUUUCUAAAAGGCAUAUAGAUUUGAAACUUAUUUUUUCUUUUUCUAGAUCAAUUACCAACCUCACUGGGUCAAGACCCAUAACUCUGACAUGUAUUUUGAGCAAAUUAUGGCCUCUUUUAGACUUAGAAAAUUUUGGUUAAAGUUUUACAUUAAAGUUAUUAUCUCCAAAACUAAUGCAGAUAUUGAUUUGAAACUUCACAUGUGUCUUCGGGGUUAUAAAACUAGUUGAUAGCAGCAAGUCCCAUAACUCUGACUUUCAUUUUGGCCAAAUUAUUUCCCCUUUUGGACUUAGCAAAUUCUGGUUAAAGUUUUGCGUGCAAGUACAUACAGCUAUUACUAAAAGGCAUAUAGAUUUGAAACGUAUUUUUUCUUUUUCUAGAUCAAUUACUAACCUCACUGGAUCAAGUCCCUUAACUCUGGCAUGUAUUUUGGGCAAAUUAUGCCCCCUUUUGGACUUUGAAAAUUCUUGGUAAAGUUUUACAUGCAAGUUUCUAUCUCCAAAACUAAUGCAGAUAUUGAAUUGAAACUUCACAUGUGCCUUCGGGGUUAUAAAACUAGUUGAUAGCAGCAAGUCCCAUAACUGAUAUGCAUUUUGGUCAAAUUAUUCCCCCUUUUGAACUUAAAAAUCUUUUGAUAUUUAACCUUUUUGGGUAAUAUUUUCCUGCUUCUGGGACAAUAUUUCGAAUAGUCGAGCUUGGCUGUCUUACGGACAGCUCUUGUUUUUCAAAAUUAUGCCCCUUUUUCGACUUAGCAGUUUUUAGUUAAAUUUUUGUAUGUAAUCUGAUAUCUCAAUAUCCACUAAUUGGAAUGGAUUGAAACUUCAUACACUUGUUCACUGUCAUGAUCUAACAUGCACUGUGAAGGUCCCAUAACUCUACUUUGCAUUUUUACAAAAUUAUGCCCCUUUUUUGAUUUAGCAGUUUUUGGUUUAGUUUUUGUAUGUAAGCUGGUAUCUCAGUAUCCACAAAUUGGAAAGGAUUGAAACUUCACACACUUGUUCACUGUCAUGAUAUGACAUGCAGUACAGAGGUUCAGUACCUCUACUUUGCAUUUUACAAAAUUAUGCCCCCUUUUCAACUUUUGUAUUCAUUCAAUUGACAAGGCUGUUGAAUAGUCGAGCGUUGCUGUUCUCUAACAGCUCUUGUUAUGUCAAGGUGUCCCUAUCUGAUAUAUUAAGAACUGUCAUAUUUAUAAAUCUCAAAAAUCCAAGGACUAAUUAGUAAUUUUAUGAGGUCAAUUUAACCUUUUUAGAGAGAAAUAUGUGUGCAUAUUCUCGAACUACUUAUUGUUUCUAAAUGAUCAGACUCACUACUGUUUUAGAUGAAACUUUUGCAUGUGAAAUGAUAUACAAUUCUUGUAUUAAUGAAAUGAAUGAUAAAAUAAAAAUUUUGAAAGAAGUAAAGUUUAGAGGUUCGAGAGAUGACAUCUCUCAGUAAUUUAGCUUUUAAAAAUUGUGAAAUGAAUUGCCAAAUUAAUUAUCUUUAUCUAAUAAAUAGAUUUUAUUAACCUUAAGCCUGCUUGCGGCAAGUGAUUCUGCCUUUGCGACCAGUGCAGACCAAGAUUUGUUUGCACGUCCAUGCAGGCUAAUCAUCGUCUACACUGUUCGUCUACACUGUUCGCUGUUCAGUCAGUAAAUUUUCAGUGAACACCCCUUUGAAUAAUAAGUGGUACUGCCUAAAUUGAAUGAUGGAACAGUCCAUUUUAGAAAUUUAGCAGGAUAAAGGUUAAAGAUAUACAGAUUUCUAUGAAGGUAAUAUGAAACAGAGAGCAUGAACUUAUCAUUUCCUACAAGGACUUUAAUUCUGAUGAGGUACUGGAAAACUGUGUAUCGAAUGGAAAAUAUAUAAAAAAUAAAAUCUGGUAAAACUGAAAAUAUUUUGAAUACUAGAAUGUUCAUAGGCUUCUGCUUGCUCUUAUUCACACAAUGGAAACAAUAUUUUAUAGUAUUACCAAAUUGUAUUGAAACAGAUUUUAUAUUUGUCAUAAGAAUGGGAAAAAAAUUCUUAGGCUGAGUGUAGCGCAUCUUGAUGUGUUGCCUCAAUAAGUCAGGAAGUUUUCACUGUGCAAAACUGAACACCCGGACCUUGUCCCACUAUUGGUACUCUUGAUGUAUCAACCAUGUAAAUUAUUCCUUCUUUCAAUUUCAGAGAGUUGUCACCCUUGAAUAAAACAAAACUGUAGUUCUGCCCAUUGUUAACUCAUUAAAAUCCUCAUUUCUAAGCAAAUCUUUUAGGCUUCAGCAGAAUGUUUAAGGCUACAUUAUUACAGAUAAGUUCAAAAAUGGGCAAGGUUAUUUAAAUAACACAAGGAGUUACGGCCCUUGAUUUAUUUAACAUCGGUAGUUUUCAUUUUAGAGUACAUAUAGUAAAACCGUUCAUAACUAACUUGUACAGUGAUAUAGGGUCAUUAUGGCCCUCCUGUUUAAUCUUGUGCUAGCUGUGGGAUAUUGUUAGAAAUAAUAAUGUGUUAACAAUGCUAUGAUUAUGGUAAAUGUACAUACUCCAACUGAUAUUAUUAAAGUAGAAGUGAUACCAUAUUGCCUGAUAUUAUAAACUAGAUUCUAAUUGAAAUCCAAAUUUUGAAAACUAAUUAUGCUAACAUAUUUUUUUACCCAUAAACAGUUACUGUAGAUGCUCACACCUGAUUAUCAGAAAAAAAGAGAAAUAAAAACAGACUGAAAUUGUUUAAGAUGCUUAAUUGGGAAAAUGCUUUUAACCUUUAGCCUGCUGGCGGUUAGUGAUACUGCCUCUGCGACCAGUGAAGACCAUGAUCAGCACUGAUCAUGGUCUGCACUGUUUGCUAUUCAGUCAGUAAAUUUUCAGACUUUAAUUAAUGGCAAAUUCCAGUUUAAUGUAUACAUUACAGUGUUGAAAUAUGGAAAUUAUUUAAUGUUAGAUUUAUUUCAGAAUAUACCACUGUGAUGCUGUUUCAGUUUCAGGGACAUUUUUGACGAGUAUUUACAUGUCUGCUUGCAGUAUUGAACAGUUUUUGUAAAAUUAUUUUCAAGUCACAAUUUGAUAUGAAUAAAACAGGAGACAGUCUGUAUUAUUAUGCCUUCCUAAAUUUUUUCCAGGGUAGGGGGUGGGUGUAUACAGUUGAUAUCUUGUCUGUUUGUAUUUCCACAAUUUACAAGCAAUUUGGCCAACACUUACAAAAAUAUAGCAAUGUGUAGUAAACUUGGGCAUAUUGUCAGGACAUACUUUUGCUAUGUUUGGUAAAGUUGUGGCCCUUAGAAAAUUUUGCAAUAUGCAAAUACUUAUGAGGUUUGUCCAGAUAACUUCACUUACAUUAUUCAAGGGAAAAGAUAUGAAGUUUUACAAAAUGCAAUAUUUUGCUAUCUGGUUAACUUGUGUAACAGUUUUUAGGGAGUUAGACAAAAAAGAGAUCUGGGGAGGGGGGAUUUAACAGAUAAAUAAAUGUAUUUUACAAAUUAUAAGCUUCUAGUUCCAGAACAGUUUAAUUAUGGCCAGGUGUUUACAUCAAUGUUUAUAACUGACUCUAAAAGUGAGUUGACUAUAAAUUAAUGAACUUUAUUACUGACCAGGUCUUUCUAAUGGCUGCAUUUUCUCAUUCAUAGUAAACAAACCUUGAAAGCAAUGAAUACUUUAAAAGACAUUUGAAUGUAAAAACUUACUCUUUGAUUACUUUUGAGUAAAAUCCCCCCAGCCCCCACGAAGCAAAAAAAAAAUCCAAUAGGUUUAAAGCCACAUAAAAUUUCUUAAGUUUGUCACAGGUUUAAGGUGUUAAUUUUUUUUUGAAUUUGUUCUUGAAAGAAAAAAAAACAAUGAAUUAAGUUGUACAUCGGCUUGUUUACCAUUUAGUAUGCUCAUAUUGAUGAAAAGUGUUUGGGAGGGUAAAGAUUUUAGAAUUAUGUCUGAGAUUUUUGUAUGUCUGUGCUUGUACACCUUUUGUUAUGCCCCGAAGGGAGGCAUAUUAGUUUUCAACUGUCCAUCUGUUCUUUCGUUCGUUACAACGUUAACUUUUUGCAUGAAGGCUCUUUACUCGCGAACCAUUGCACCCAGGACCUUCAAAUUCCACAUGCUAAUAGUACUUAUUGAGUACACGACCCCUAAUGACUUUGGGGUCACCAGGUCAAAGGUCAAGGCCACAGGGGCCAAUAUUAACUUUUUGCAUGAAGGCACUUUACUUGCGAACCACUGCACCCAGGACCUUCAAACUUCACAUGCUGAUAGUACUUCUUGAGUACACGACCCCUACUGACCUUGGGGUCACCAGGUCAAAGGUCAAGGUCACGGGCCAAUGUUAACUUUUUGCAUGAAGGCACUUUACUCACGAACCACUGCACCCAGGACCUUCAAACUUCACAUGCUGAUAGUACUUAUUGAGUACAAAACCCCUACUGACUUUGGGGUCACCAGGUCAAAGGUCAAGGUCACAGGGGCCAAUGUUGACUUUUUGCAUGAAGGCACUUUACUCACGAACCACUGCACCCAGGACCUUCAAACUUCACAUGCUGAUAGUACUUAUUGAGUACACGACCCCUAUUGACUUUGGGGUCACAGGUCUAAGGUCAAGGAGCUGCGGGGGCAUUUGUCACCAUUAGUGACGGGUCUUGUUUGUAAUGUGCUUUACUCUGUAAAGAGUGAAUUCUCUGUAAGUUUUCUACUUUUCAUUUAAAAAUCACAUGCCUUUCCCCUUCAAGAAAAAGACUUACCAUGAAAAGUUUUGAAAGAAGUAUCAAAUGUCUUGGAAUAUAACAGCCAUUAUUUGGCAUAAUUUGUCAUAUAUAUAUGCAUAAUUUUAACAGUUCUUACAGAGAAAUGUGUUUCUCAGAUAAGAGUUAAGCGGAAUAUUUCAUUCAGCAGUGGUAUGUCAUAACGAAAAUAUGUCUUUCAAUAAUUUUUUAACCAUUUAGCAAAUUACCAUGUACAAUGGAAUAAAUGCUCACAAGGAUGUUGCAUUUUGCAAAAGUGGGGUGUUUAUUUAGAGGUCAAAUUAAAAAAAGUAAUUUGAAAGUGAAUAUAGCUACAAUAAAACAACUAAUAAAUGAAUUUUAACAGUUUUUACCAAAUAAGGCUAAAGUUUUCUUCAUACAUAGUAAAAACACAAUUUUAGUAAAUAAAGUGGUGGGGGAGGUGGUGAGGGGGGCAUUAAUUAGGGUUAAGACUUACUCCAUUGCAGAUAUUAAGCACAUUUACAUGAGGUUUUGAAAUAGAGUUUGGAGACCAGUCUCAGAAUGAAGCUAUGUGAUUGGUCAAUUUUAAGACUGAGUUCGGAAUCAGCCAAUCAGAUGCUAGAGUUCUCAGACUGGUAUCCAACAUUUUAAAAUUAUAUAGAAAAUACAGAGUGACAGUAUAUCAGUGGUAAUUGCAAAUGCAUAUUGCGAUUAUAAUAUGAUGUUUCAAAGACAUAUAAAUUGUGGUAUAUCAUUUACCUUAGCAAAAUGUGAUAUUUUUAUGUAUGUUUGUAUUUUUUAUAGUAUGUUUCUAGUUUGUAUUUAUGGAUUUCUAUUAAUACACUAAACAGUAUAAUAACUAAACUGGCAGAGCUGAGCAGACUUGCUGUUACAUUUAAAGAAACAGUAUUUUUGUCUCCGUUUGGGAUGCAGUGCCAGUUUUUAUGUAUGGUUUCUUAAAACUUACAUGUGAGCAAUCUGAAAUAUACUGGAUAUAUAUGAAAUUUAAAGAAGAAAUGCUGACUUUUUAAUACAUCCAAGGCAUUUACUGCUAUAUUUUAGGUGAUAUUUCAGUCUAGCAAAUCAAAUAAUAUGAUAAAACCUUUAUAUUUUUUUAUUGCAUGCACAUAGCCCUCUUUAUUUGCAGUUAUUUAAGAAUUUUGUAUUAAUGAAAGCAAUAUUAAUCCUUUUGUAAUAGAUCUUUUAGGUGUGCAUCUAUACAGAAUUCAGUCAUAUUUAAUAAAUGUUGACAUGCAAACAUUUUCAAUCAAAAUUUGUUGCCAUUUGGUGAUAGAGUACCAUAAAAAUUAUAUAAAUACAUGUAGUAUACAAAGAAACAUAACAGUGAUGAUAGAUUUAAUGUUUUAUAUGAACAAAGUUUAUAGUAGCUUAUCCUUGAAAUGCGAAAUAUUUUGAAAUCGUUUUAUUUCAUGGGCAUAAAUUUUCAUGGUUUAAGCAAAAAUGGUUAUUUUGUUUGGACACAAGUUUGUUGAUUUCUAGUUUCAAAGAUACAGUAAUUAGGAAUUUUGUUUUUUCUUUAAGAUUAAUUUUCUUGGAUACACUUUACCACAAAAUCCACGGAAAUUAGUCCCCCAUCAUGCCAUGAAUAAAUAUUAAUGAUUUCAAGGUAAUGUCAAAAGAUAAUUAUAAAAAACAUGUGAACUUACAGAAACCAGCUGUUUUUAAUGGCAGUUUAAUUCAUAUUGAGCUAUUUAUAUCCUAGAACACAUGUACUUUCAAUAACAUAAGCUGUUCAUUACCAUUCUACAUUGUAAUGCAGUGAUGACCCACCCACUUGUAUCAUGUUGUCUGUAAAUAUUGUCGAAAACUGAUUUUUUUGCAAAUAGGCAUGUCAGAAGUUAAGUAAGUGAUCUGUGGUGUCACUGUUUUUUCUGGCAAGAAGUGCCAACUUUAGUUGAACAUGUGAAAAGUCCUGUCUUCGGAAACUGCCAAUAUACAUGCAUAAUUGACAGUCGGGUCAUUCUGUGAUAUUUUUUAAGGAAAGACAACUCAUUAAAAACAUUCACAUAGAACUUUUUUUUUUUAAAAGGAACUGAUUUUGUUUUUCUACUAGAAAAGUUACUGUGAUAUGUGGCUCUGAAAUAGGAAAACAAUUGCACCAAACAGAAUUGGAAAGCAUCAAUUUAUUUUGUAAGUCCUUUGAAACAAAUCAGGUCCUUGGCAUCCUGGUAGUAAACCCAAAGUACUUUGAUCCUUUCUGUUUUGUAUUUAUAGGGACAUUUUCUCAUCAACAGAAAGGAGAAUUCUUUAAUGAAAAGAUUAUAUUGUUUGACAAUUCUGAUAUGAAUUUGGUAGUAAGGCAACAGAAACCUGUAAUAUUUUAAAUGAUUAUAUAGUACUUGGCAAAUAGGAGUUUUUGCCUCCCAUUUCUUAUAUGUUUUGUGCCAAUAUAAGUGACUUAUAAAAAAAAAAUGGUGUGCAAUAGAAAAUAAAUGAUCACCAACCAACACAAAGUCUGUGGUGUGGGGGAGGGGUCAUUGACUGACCAGACAGAUGAACUUUUCCGCAGACAUUUGAGCACACAUUGUUUGAAAUGGGAAACAAAAAAUCUUAUUUUUGACCUAGUGAAGUUAUUUAUGGGUAAUUUUUCAGCAUGGAUUGGUCAUAAUUAUUCUUCUGUCUUUAAAUUGUUGCACAUUGUUUCUUCAUAAUAUAAUGAUACUGGUCAUUAAAUGGCUAUACACCCAUGCACUUUGUUAUGCAUUUAUUAAAACAUGUAAAUUAGUUUGAAUUGUUGGAUGUCUUUGACCUUUGUUUUGUAGAAAGAUACUCUUGUUAAAUUAAAUUUAUACUAAAGUAUGAAAAAUGUAAAAAUAAAGAAAACAUUUUCCUAAACAAAA